AUGAACGUCAGCUUUACCUCCAGCGGUCUCACCAACUCAGCCGUCGUCGACAGCGCGACCGGGAAAACAUUGUUCGAGGUCUCGACCCCCUUUAGCCUCCAUUAUAACACGACACUACGGGAUGCACAGAACAAUGUAGUCGGUGAAUUCAAGCAAGGUAUGGUCCACGACGAGGUCACGUACCAGGGUCGAACGAUGCGUGUGUCGGAAUGGCUCCCCAAGCAGAGCAUACUUUCGAGAAGCCGAUCGCUCGUAGCACCGAAUGGGAGGUCGUACAGGUGGGACACGGGGGGAAUGUGGAAAGCGGGAUGGCAGCUCUUCGAUUGCGAGACCGGAGAGCUCGUUGCGAGCGCGCACAGCAAGAAGUUGUUUUCAAAGAAGAAGAUGAACAUCGAUGUGGUUCAGGACGGGCUGCCGAUCUUGGACGCAAUCGUACUUUCCUUCCUCGUUUGCGAGCUCUUGGCGAGACGCGAGCAGAGCGUCGCCGAGGCAGCAGCCGUCGCCAGCGGGUAA